AUGCAGUUCAAGAUCUCGCUCAUCGCCCUCAUCGCCGGCACGGCCUUCGCCCAGCAGCGCCCCCGCUGCGGCACCGGCGAGCCCUCUGAGGCGCAGCUCGAGGUUGCCCACGAGAUGGGCCUGCGCGAGGCCGCGCUGCGCCAGUCCGGUCUCUCGGCGCGCCAGUCCGGCACCAUCACCGUCGACACCUGGUUUCACGUCGUGUCCGCGGGAAGCAGCGUCGCUCAGGGCAACGUGAGCGAGCAGCAGCUGGCGGACCAGCUGGAGGUGCUGAACGCCCAGUACGCGCCGUACGGCGUGUCGUUCAACCUCGUCGGCACCACCCGCACCGUCAACUCGGGCUGGGCCGGCGACAGCAACGAGCUCGCCAUGAAGCGCAGCCUGCGCAAGGGCGACUACAAGACCAUGAACGUCUACUUCCAGCGCUCCCUCCAGCAGAACGCGCUCGGCUACGCCUACUUCCCGGACAACGUGUCCGAGGGCACGCAGGACUUCUACCUCGACGGCGUGUCCGUCAUGGCGUCGUCGGUGCCCGGCGGCAGCGAGGAGCCCUACAACCUCGGCGUGACGGCCACCCACGAGGCCGGCCACUGGCUCGGCCUGUACCACCCCUUCCAGGGCGGCUGCUCCGGCGUCGGCGACGAGAUCGACGACACCCCCGCCCAGAGCGGCUACGAGUUCGGCUGCCCCGUCGGCCGCGACUCCUGCCCCAACGACCCCGGUGAUGACCCGGUCCACAACUACAUGGGCUACUCGGAUGAUGCUUGCUUGACCGAGUUCACUCCUAACCAGGAGACUCGCAUUCACAACAUGUGGGCCCGUUUCCGCGCAUGA